CCGCGGUGUUUUUGGGUAAGUACACUUGCCAUUAGUUUUGGCUGUCCUUCCUUUUACCUGUCGCCGAAGACCUCAAAGGUUAUCUAUACUUUCAAUGGUCUAAACUCUACACAUGGCCACUUCUGUUACCUCAUGGUCCCGUCUGCGGGCGCCAGCAUCAUCCCUCAUCUACUCCCGGCCGACAUAUGACAUCAGAAGGACAUCUCCAGCCUUUGCUAAGGCAAGAGGAAAUGUGUGUUUCUCAUCUUCCACGCCAUCAGACACAGCCAGUCCAGUAGCAACGUUCCGGCCUGCAGGCCGGCUAUCCGGGCGGACCUGCAUGGUCACCGGUGGAACCUCGGGUAUUGGCUUUGCCAUUGCAGAACGAUUCAUGCAAGAAGGCGCUUUAACAAUCAUUCUUGUUGGUAGAUCCCAAGAGAGGCUGCAAAAAGCCGCUGAGAAGCUCUCUAUCAUCGAUGGCACGGAAACCUCCUCUGACAAAGUUCGAUUGGUUGUCGGAGAUGUAGGGAAAGCUGGAACAUGGAUGCGUGAGUUGGAGAAGGAAAUGGCCGGCGUCGAUGUUUUAGUCAAUGCAGCUGGAAUAUCGAUUUCAAAAAUCCUUCCAAAACUUGAAUUGGACGACAUCUCCCAGGUUCUCCGUACCAACCUGGAAGGCGCGAUACUUACCUCACGCGCAUUCCUACGCGCCGCGAUCAGAAGCCGAAUCCGGGACCGCAAGAACACAGAUUCUGGGCAAAAACCUCCUUCAAAAUGCAUUAUCAACGUCUCUUCAUUGCUCGCCCUAAAAGCAGGAAGCGGCGCAGUUCCGUACGCUGCAUCAAAAGCUGGACUUUUGGGUUUGACGCGGUCAUUGGCUGUUGAAUCCUCCACUUCCAUGAGAGAUUUGGUAGUCCGGUCAAAUGCCAUUGUACCGGGUUAUAUCGAGACACCGAUGAUUGAAGAUUUCUCUCUCGGGGAGGUCGAUAGGCUGAAAGCUUUAAUUCCCCUCCGUCGAUUCGGUGACCCGCGGGAAAUUGCCGAUGCGGCUGUUUUCCUGGCGCAGAAUGAAUACGCUAACAAUUGUGUCUUGAAUCUUGAUGGAGGAUUGAGUGCGGUUUAGCCAACUUUUGUGUUCAGCGGCACUUGUAUGUACGGAAAUGGAAGUGUACGAUAGUCUUAUGAUAGCGCAGAAUAGCUAGUCCAGCCACUUGCCUGGGCAAGUCGAUCUUAAUGGGAUGGCAAGGUCACUAGGUUGUCACCUUGAGAAUCUGUUCUGG